AAGUAUAUAAUUCUAUUAACACGCACACAUAUAUAUUAUCAUACAAAGGGUUACAUGUGGUGGAGAAGAAUGGAUGUUUACAAGCCAGCUUUGGGUAUGAUUGGCUUACAAUUCACUUAUGCAGGAGUUGCUCUGUUUACCAGAGCUGCUCUGCUUCAAGGACUGAGCCCACGAGUCUUUGUAGUCUACAGGCAGGGCAUAGCAACUCUUGUUAUUGUCCCCAUUGCUUAUUUUUCAAGAAGGAGGAAUCCUGAUGGAGGAGCUUGUUUAGGGUUAAAGACCUUUGGUUGGAUCUCUUUGGCUUCUCUUAUUGGAGUGACAGCCAAUCAGAAUGCAUACUUUGAAGGACUUUACUUGGCUUCUUCAACUGUUGCAAGUUCAAUGACUAAUCUCAUCCCUGCAGUCACCUUUGUUAUGGCAGCUAUUCUUGGAUGGGAGAAAGUGAAUCGAAGAAUCAUUGUGAAGAUAAUAGGAACAGUUGUAUGUGUAAGUGGAGCAGUUACCAUGGCGGUGGUCAAAGGUCCAAAGCUAUUAAACUCACCAAAGUCUUUCUUGAGCCAACAAGGGGACAACUGGCUUCUGGGUUGUCUUCUUCUGCUAGCUAGCAGUUUCUGCUGGUCGUUUUGGAUGAUCUUGCAGGUUCCGAUUUCACUCAGCUGCCCCGAUCACUUGUACUCAUCUGCCUGGAUGUGUUUCUUGGCGACGAUACAAUCAACGACGAUUGCGCUACUCACCGAGAAAAACCUGCUGGGAGCUUUCGCUCUUGGUUCAUUUUUUGAAUUUUCUUGUUGCCUAUACACUGGAAUAGCACUUGCUGUGUCGUUUUUCGUUCAAGCAUGGUGCAUUUCGCAAAGGGGUCCUCUCUUCGCCGCCAUGUUCAACCCGCUUUGCACUGUCAUUGUCGCCGUCUUCGCGGCUCUGUUUUUGCACGAGGAAACGUAUAUUGGAAGCUUGGUGGGUGCAUCAGCUGUCAUAAUUGGUCUCUACGUUGUUCUUUGGGGAAAAGCCAGAGACUUUGAAGAGAUGAAACAAGAGAUAACAGAUAAGUCCAACCCCAAAAAUGGCGAUGCCAUGAUUGUUCAAGUUUUGGAAGAUGAAUCUUCAAAUAAGAAGAAGAGCAAAUCUGAUCUACAAGAACCUCUCCUCUCUGAUAACUAUUCAAUUAAUGUCGAUCAAAACGGCAACCAGCUCCUUCCAUGAAUAUUUGUAUAUAUAUAUAUAUAUUGACUGAACAAGAACGAUCGAGGAAAAACAGAGUUCAUAAUUCUAGAACUAGUAUUUUUGUGUUUGUAACUCAAUCAUCACUGAGUAAUUCAAUAAAUAACCUUUCGGCGA